AUGUUAUGCACAGAUAACCUACAGAAUAUGAUAUAUAUAGCUGAGAGCAUUUCCCAGUUUCUUCCAAAGGUAGAACUUGUCUACCAAGCGAUGCCGAUUGAUAUUAACGCCAAAGCACAGUGUUUCUUCGAUACCAGACCGUUAACUCGGAGUGAAAGGAAGAUCAUUAAAGACUCGAUCCCCAUUCUUGAAUAUCUUGAUAUCCAGUUUGGCGAGAAGUUUUUCAAGAGGUUGGUUAAAAGGUUUCCAGAGUACAAGCCGUAUUUUAAUGAGACACACCUUACGUUGUUAAGACAGCCACGGAGUUUCCAUCAUUGUUUGUUGGAGUUUGCACGGAAUAUUGAUGAUUUGAGACCAAUGAAGGAUUUCAUCAUGAAGAUUGCAAGCAAACAUGUUGCACGACAGGUGAGUCCCGACCAGUAUCGUGUCUUUGGGCAGAUUUUGAUUGGAGUUAUGGUGGACCAGUUUCCCAAGGAGUUUGUUGAUGAAGAAUUUGUUGAAGCGUGGACGAUGGCGUUUAGGAUCUUGGCAAACAUCUUGAUAAACAUUGAGGUUAGAGAGUAUCUGGAUAAACCAUGGUAUGGGUUUAAGCCGUUUAAGGUGACAAGAAUGCAGGAUGAGUGUGUGGGGACGAAAUCAUUUUUUAUUACGCCAGUUGAUGGGUCGCCGGUGCCAGUCCCCAAACGUGGGCAGUACUUGUGUAUGAGAUGGAAGUUGCCAGACAAACAAGAGAGGUUGAGAGAGUAUACGAUAUCUGAGUUUCCAAAGAACAAUGAGUAUAGGAUUACUGUGAGGUAUAUUCCAGGUGGGAAGGUUACUACGUACAUUCACCAGAAGUUGGCUGUUGGAGAUAUUGUACAGGUGUCGCCACCUUGUGGUGAUUGUUAUUACCACUCGUCGAAGAGGAAUAUGGUUAUGUUGGCCGGAGGUAACGGUGUUGUUGCACUAGCCCCAAUGAUCGAGAAGGGGUUGGCUGAGGGAAGGAAGGUUACGUUUUUGUAUUCAAACAGGUCGACUGAGACAAGGUCGUUUGGGCAGUUUUUCAGAGACCUCAAGAAGAAGUAUGGCGAGCAGUUGGAGGUUGCUGAGUAUUUGUCGCGGAGCAGGGUUAUUGAUCCGAUCGACAAGUAUUAUAGGCGGUCGUUGACGGUAGAGGAUUUAGAUUUUAUCAAGCCGGAAGAUGAUGUGUACAUGAUUGGGCCAAGAGGGUAUAUGAAGAUGAUAGAUGAUUAUUUGAGAGGCAGGGGGGUCAAGGUCACGUUGGACUAUUUUGGUCCCCAGGAGGUGUAG